AAAGCGGAAACCAGAUCGCCUGCGCAUGCGCAAUCACGUUCCGCAACCAUCGUCUGUUUUUGUUUAUGCUAGCGACUGUCACGGAGGGUACUCGGCGUUCUAUACCGCCGGAAGACGAACAAACAAGGUAGAAUUGAGUCGGAAUCGAGCUCACGGUGAUCCACUAUGGGUGCCACUUCGAGCACCGAGGCUGAGAGGGAGCCGCUUCUUGCGUCGCCCCACGCAGCGGCGAGAGGUCCGCUGCCAGUCAGCAGCCGAGUGUACCGCCGAAGAUGGCUGGUCCUCAGCCUAUUCUCCCUGCUGGCCCUCAUGCAGGGAGUGGUGUGGAACUUUUGGGGGCCCAUUCAGAAUUCCGCCGCCCACGCAUUUGGCUUCACCAAGUCCGACAUCGCCGUGCUGGUUCUGUGGGGUCCGGUGGGCUUCGUCCCGUGGCUGCUGUUCAUGUGGCUGAUGGAUAAAAGAGGUCUUCGGUCGUCCCUCCUGCUGUCGGCCUUCUUGAUGCUGCUGGGGGCGGUGCUACGCAGCAUCCCGCUGUCGGACCUGACUCUGCGACGCUGGUUCAUCCACGGCGGUCAGCUCCUCAACGGUUUAGCCGGUCCCACCAUCAUGAGCGCCGGCCCCUUCCUGUCCACCACGUGGUUCGCCCCGGACCAGAGGGCCACCGCCACCGCCGUGGCCUCGCUCUUCUCCUACCUGGGCGGGGCGGCCGCUUUUGUGGCGGGACCCCUGAUCGUGCCCGCCCCCAACGGCACCCAGGCGGUGGGCCGCCGGGUGUCGGCGCCGGCGCCGGGAUUGGACGCCGUCAUCCGGGAAAAGAUCCAGCUGGUUAUGUAUGCGGAGUUGGCUGCUAUCGCCGCGCUGUUUGUGGCCGUCCUCUUCUACUUCCCCUCGCGGCCGCCGCUCCCCCCCAGCGUGGCCGCCGCGAGCCAAAGGCUCAGCUACAGGAGCAGCAUCUGCAGACUCCUCAGUAACCUCCGCUUCCUGAUGAUAGCGCUGGCGUACGCCGUGCCCACCGGAGUCAUCGCCGGCUGGGCGGGCGUCCUUGACAUGAUCCUCACGCCGGCCAACGUCAGCCAGGUGGAUGCGGGCUGGAUCGGGUUCUGGUCCACGGUGGGCGGCUGUGUUUUCGGGGUGGCCAUGGCCAGGUUCGCGGACUCCAUCCGCGGGAUGCUGAAACCGAUCCUGGUUCUAAUGCUGGCCGGGGCCUCGCUGUCGUCCACCUGGUUCACGCUCACCUGCCUCAGCAGGCUCACGCACCUCCCCUCCAGCGCGGCCAUUUUGUACACGUCGUGCAUCCUGGUGGGCAUCUUCAUCAACAGCAGCGUGCCCAUCUUCUUGGAGCUCUUCAUCGAGACGGUGUACCCGGUCCCUGAAGGCAUCACCUGCGGCGUGGUCACCUUCCUGGGCAACCUGGUCACCGGCCUGCUCCUCUUCUUCCUCACCUUUUACUGUACAGAGUUGUCCUGGCUCAACUGGUGUCUGACGGGCUCGUGCAUCUUCAGCCUGGUGCUCAUCCUGUUUUUCCGCGAGUCGUACGACCGCCUCUACCUGGACGUCUUUGUCUCGGUGUAACGGGACGGAUGAAAAAUGGGACACGAGCGGACCUUUUUUUUGUUGCACAAAACUCGGCGGAGACUUUUGGCGGUGUGUUUUUGCGCCAUUCGCCAGCCAGGACUCUGACAGUCAACGUUUACCCUACGCGGAAGACGCCACUUCCUGAAUCCAGGCGGCCAUUUUGUCUGUACCAUGUUUGACGACUGGCCUCGCACAAAAUGGAUACCGCCCAAAGGAGACACUUUCUGUUCUAAAUAGGAUUCUUCUUUUAAGAUGACCGUGCGGAGCUCCGGGAUACUCUGCCUGUUUGGACCUUUUAAAGGUUAUUCCUUUUCAUUUUUGUUGUGGUUUUAAGCGAACAAUACUGUUUUGUGUGUUUGUGUGUGUGUGGGGGCAGCCAAAGUGUGAUGACUGUCACAAGGAGGGAUAAAAGGGAAAAAAAAACAAAAGGACUGAGUGAUCUUUCGACCUUAUCUACCAACCUCACUUCUUUUCCGAACUUGAUCUUUAAUUUAUUUAUUUUAGUUUUGUAAAUGGUGAUUAUGUUUUGGACACAUUUUAACAUGAACAUGCAGUUCUCCAGGCCUUACAAAGGCCAUUUAAGUCACUUUUGUUGCGGUUUUAAGCUAACAAUGCCCUUUUUUUUUUUGGUUUGUUUGUCACAGCCAAAGUGAAGUGACUCAGCGAGACACUUUCAUUGUGUAACCUCUGAAGGGCGUGGAAUGAAACAGUGGAGGUUAGGGGGGGGGGGGUUCUAAGGACGUUUGUAUGUUUGCACAAAGUGUGGGAAUGGGAAAGUUAUGGUUUGUUCAUCUUGUACAGCGAUCUUUAGCCUUUGCCAUUGUCAAACUUUCAUGUGGUGCUCGUCGUCUUCCCUUGUCGCCUUUGGUUUGUGCGUGUCCCGAAUGUGGGAAAACUCUCCAGGCACCUUAUUCUUUUUCUUACUAAAUAAAAAAAAUGUUUUAUGAAUAAC